UUCCUUCCUACGACAACUACGACAAAGGAGGUUUAUCGAAAAGAAAACUCUUUGUUAUACGCAUAAAGAUAGUUUUCUUUGAAAGAUCAGAUUUUUCUUUUUGAGCCAUCAAUUCAGUCUAUUUAAGGUGAAAUUUUUUGAAGGUUUGGUGGAUAGUUAGGAAUUUUUAGGUUUUGGAACGGUCUAUAAGAGAAUCUGGGAUUAGAAAAAGUUUUAAAAGGAAAAUGUCUACGAGCGUUGAGAAAGCAAUCCCUUUAGAAUAUGAUUUGGGCAACAUGUCUGCCUUUGAUGUGACCCCGUUAGACGAGACGAAAUUAAGCUCUCAAAAAAGCCAGGAAAAAGAAGAAUAUCUAUCUUCGAUGGCUCGUGAUAAUACUCAGUUGCUUGUAAACAAAAUGUUGGCCUUACCUAAAGAACGAACUCAAGACGGCAUUUUACUUGCUUUGCCUGAAUCUACCACUCCUCUUCCUAGAGCGAAGCAUUUGCCCAAGCCUAAGCCAGAAACAAAAUGGCAACGCUUUGCUCGUAUAAAGGGUAUUGCACCCAAGAAACGCGAAGGAAAAUUGGUCUUUGAUGAGGCUUCGGGAGAAUGGGUUCCCAAAUGGGGCUAUAAAGGCAAAAACAAAGAAUUGGAUACUCAAUGGAUUGUUGAAGAUGGAGAAAAGGAAAAGAAGAUGACUUCAAAACAAGUCAGAAAUAACUCGAGAAACAUUAAACGUUCUCGUCGGUAAAAUAAUUUUUUUUUGGAUACCAACACUUCAAGGUUUUGCAUUUUCAGAUUUCUAUUUGUAAUUAUUUCGUCGUUUAAUUUUUAAUAUAGAUUCGGUGGUUAUAUAAACAAGGAUGUAGAUUUUAGUAUUGCGUUUAAAAUUACAUGAUCCAUGUGGAAAUGUCAG